CUGGGGCCGCGUCCCUUCUCCCGGCGGGAUUUCUGGGAAGCGUAGUCCAGGAGGUCUCUAGGCAGAGUCAUUUCCGCCGCAGGUACAGGAGGCCGCGGCCUUCAUUCUUCUCGAAAAGGUCUCCGCCUUUCCCUAGGAAAAAAGGAGAAAAUGACCAAGUUGCAGGAGACAGUGACAUUCAAGGACGUGGCUGUGGUCUUCACGGAGGAGGAGCUGGGGCUGCUGGACGCCGCCCAGAGGAAGCUGUACCGAGACGUGACGCUGGAGAACUUCAGGAACCUGGUCUCAGUGGGGAGUCAGCCCCUCAAACCAGACCUGAUAUUCCAGCUGGAGAGAGAAGAAAAGCUUUCAAGGGUGGAGACAGAAACCCAGAGAGAUGGGUGUUCAGGAACCAAGAAUCAACAUAAUAUGGAGAGUAUUCAAGACGUAGGAUUAAGCUACUUUUCCCCCGAAGACCUUUCCACCUGGCAGUCCUGGCAACAGUGUGCAGGCGGAUUACCCAGGUGUCAAGAUGCCAUGAAAAACUUUCGAGGGAAUAUUUCUAAGUUGGAAAAUCAAGGUGAUUCCCCAUGUCAGGUUUGGACAGGAAUACCAGUUCGGAUUUCUGAAGAUGGGAACUAUACAUUGACUCAUAUAAGAGAUGUUUCCAGUUACACAAAAAAUCAAGAAUUUUCACCUUGGCGAGCCCAGAAUUCUUGGAGGAAAAUGUAUCUGAUAGGGUCACAUAAUUAUAAGUGUAGAUGUCAGCAAAUUUCCAUGAAACAUAACUUCUGUAAGUGUGACAGCGUCAGUUGUAUCUCACAUCACAACGAUAAUCUGGGAGUACACAGAACAGAAAAAAACUACAGUUGCCAUGACUGUGGAGAAGAAAUCAUGAAGGUUUCAUUGCUUAAUGAAGACUUAAUUCAAACAGGGCCAAAGCCUUUCCCCUGUGAUGAGCACAGAACAGCCUUCCGCGAUGACAUUCACUCUGAGUUUCAUCAGCAGUUACACUUAGAAGGGGAGUCCCGUGCAUACAGCCUACAAGGAAAGGGCUGUGGUUAUACUUCAGUUCUUCAUUUUCACCGAAGGGUUCAUAGAGGAGAGGUUUGCAUGUUUGAGAGUUCACAUCUGCCAUCCCAUCAGAGAAUAUAUACAGAGGAGAAGCCAUGUCAGUGUGGGUGUGGUCAGAACUUUAACCGGCGCUCCUCCCUUCACACUUAUGAACUUAUUCACGCGGGAGAGACAGCCUGUAGAUGCAACAUUUAUGAGAAAACCUUCAGUCAUAGCUUAGAUCUUAAUAAUAUUUUUAGGGUUCGUACUGGGGGGAAACACCAUGAAUAUGAGGAGAAUGGGAAUGUCUUUAAUCUGAGUUCUUGUCUUCAAGUUCAUCAGAAAAUCCACGCUGAAGAGAAACUAUACACAGAUGUGGAGUGUGAAAAGGGUUUCAUUUGUAGCUCAAAUCUUAACCUUCAGCACAGAGUUCACGUGGAGGAGAGUCCCUAUAAUUCUGAGGGCUGUGAUAAUGGCUUCGGUCUGGCCUCACAUUUUCAGGACCUUGAGAUAGUUCACACUAGGGAAGAACCGUGCAAACGUUAUACAUGUGGUAACAGCUUCAGCCCAAAUUCCUAUCUUCAAGGCCAUCAGAAAAUUCACAUUGGAGAGAAACCUUACAAGGAGUGUGGGAACGGCUUCAAUUGGAGUUCUAAACUUAAAAAUCAUCAGCGAGUCCACCCUGGAGAGAAGCCGUACAAGUGCAAUGCUUGUGGUAAAGGUUUCAGUCACAGGUCAGUUCUCAACGUCCAUCAGAGAGUUCACACAGGAGAGAAGCCUUAUAAAUGUGAAGAGUGUGAUAAGGGCUUCAGUCGGAGUUCGUACCUUCAAGCCCAUCAGAGAGUCCACACUGGAGAAAAACCGUACAAAUGUGAGGAGUGUGGGAAGGGAUUCAGUCGCAAUUCAUACCUCCAGGGCCACCAGAGAGUUCACACUGGAGAGAAACCAUACAAGUGUGAGGAGUGUGGGAAAGGCUUCAGCCGGAGUUCACACCUUCAAGGCCAUCAGAGAGUUCACACUGGAGAAAAACCAUUCAAAUGUGAGGAGUGUGGGAAGGGAUUCAGUUGGAGCUUUAAUCUUCAAAUCCAUCAGAGAGUCCACACAGGAGAGAAACCCUAUAAAUGUGGAGAAUGUGGUAAGGGAUUCAGUAAGGCCUCAACUCUUCUGGCCCAUCAGAGAGUUCACACAGGAGAGAAGCCAUACCACUGUGAUGAGUGCGGUAAGAGCUUCAGUCAGAGAUCGUACCUUCAAAGCCAUCAGAGUGUCCACACUGGAGAGAGACCGUAUAUAUGUGAGGUAUGUGGGAAAGGCUUCAGCCAGAGAGCGUAUCUUCAGGGUCAUCAGAGAGUCCACACUAGAGUGAAACCAUAUAAAUGUGAGAUGUGUGGAAAGGGCUUCAGCCAGAGUUCACGCCUUGAAGCACAUCGGAGGGUCCACACAGGGGGGAAACCAUACAAGUGUGAGGUGUGCACGAAGGGCUUCAGUGAGAGUUCACGCCUCCAGGCCCAUCAGAGGGUCCACACAGAAGGGAGGCCCUAUAAGUGUGAACAGUGCGGUAAGGGUUUUAGUGGGUUUUCAAGUCUUCAAGCUCAUCACAGAGUCCACACCGGGGAGAAACCAUAUAAAUGUGAGGUGUGCGGAAAGAGGUUCAGUCAGAGAUCAAACCUUCAGGCCCAUCAGAGAGUCCACACAGGAGAGAAACCAUACAAAUGUGACGCGUGUGGUAAGGGCUUCCGUUGGAGCUCAGGUCUUCUGAUUCAUCAAAGAGUCCAUAGUGGCGAUAAACUCUAUAAAAAUGAGUACGGUAAGGACUAUUCUUCAUCAGAGAAUCCAUACAGAAAUUAAGUUAUGUAAAAUGGUAUUAUCUUUUGGUUUGGUUUUGUUUUGAAGUCCUCAAAUGGGACCUGAAUUUUCCCAUUCACUGGAGUUCUUACAGUAGAAAAAGAAUUUCUUCUGUGAAAAUAUAAUGUUUUUACCCAACCUCAAUAUUUACAGUAGUCAGGAGACCAUACAGCAGCGACAUCUAAUGAGAGGGUUUCCAUAAGUGAUUUUGUCAUAACUGUAACAUCAGUGAUCACACGUGACUUUAACUAGGCACCAGGGCUUAUAAAAGAUAAGUGUAUGGUCAGAAAUUUAACAAAAAUACAGUGGUGAGUAUGCCUAAAUCCAUGUCCGCUGGAAUGUAAGCCUAGUGAGGAGCCUUGUUCACUGCUAAGUCUAAAAGCCAUGACAUCGCAUAACUCAGUGUAGGUGCUCAGUACUUUUGCUAGAUAACUAAAAGUGUGUAAAGGUAUCAUGUUUGAAAUUUUUAUUAAGUUCGUUCCCCCCUCCCCCCAAAAAAUUUUAAAUGUAUUUGGAGAAGGAAUCAUGCAAGUAACCUUAAUAUAAGCACUUCAGUUAGAUAUUAUUUGAAAUGUAGAACAUUGAGCAAUAUUGCAAUCUGAAAUUACAUAAAUUUGGUUGUAACCCUGUUGGGAUUGGCUGUUGUCCUUUGUCUCGUCUUAAGCAGGGAUGAGCUGAAUUUCUUACCAUUUGGUCUCUUUCUGUAUACCAUCAGUUUAAGUUUAGGGGUGUGUGUGUGUGUGUGUGUGUGUGUGUGUGUGUGUGUGUGUGUGUACACAUAUGUGCACUUUAAAUGACAAUGCAAACUGAUAAACAAUGUUUCUGGUUAACUUUGAAAAAACGGAACACUGCAUUUUACAUAAUCGAAUUUUUACUCCUGCUCUGUGUGUUAAGGCAAAAUUUUACUGUAAUAUUUGGAAAGUGUCAGAAAUGAUUACUAAUGAAAAAUACUUUCUUAAUAAAUGUCAAAAUUAUAAUAGUUGGUUUUUUAGUCUCCGUAUUUCCAUCAAAGUCCUUUUGAUCUGACUGAUUUCUAAGAGUUAUAGCCCUUGUCCAAUUUAAAGCUCCUUAGGCAAGACCCGUGACAAGUUUGGAGGACUUUUAUUUUGUCGAGUUCUCCAUCCCCACCCGUACUUCUCCCACUCACACAAAGAAAGGAAAAAUCUUGAAUUUUUCUAAAUAUUUUAUCAAACGUUGAUUAUGAAGAUAGGAUUGUCUUUUUCUUGGUAGCGUGUGUUCAAGAACAAUGUAUUCUGUUGGUGAGAGUGAAAAAUGUCUGUUAGAGAAGAAUCAUAUAAUAUAUGUCAAACUGUAAAACGUGCAUACCCAUCUGGAAAUCACAGAAUAAUAAUUUAUGAUAAAAUAGUGAGAAGGGAUGGGUACAGUGAGGGUAAUUUUUUUUUUGUUUAAUAAUUUUUAUUGUUUCAGUUAUGGCCAACGUACAGUAUUAUUCUACGAUCUUGGCCAGAACUCAAGGGUAAUUUUUGAACUGGAAAUAGGAGUUUGAAUAAGUUUCUCUAUGUUCCUAUAAGAUGGAACUCCAGAAAGUGUAGAAUUGAUCUAUAAUGAUAGAAAUGGAUCAUGCAUAGUGUUUAGUGAAAAUGUGCAUUGUACCUUCAUAAUACCCAGUACUUACAUCUAUACAUAUGUUUAAAUACAUGCUUAGAGAUAAUGUAUGAAAGAUUACUCACCGUCAUGUAUACAGUGGUUUUCUCUGGCAGGCAUUUUUGGCUUAGUCUUUUCUUUUUUAUACUUCAUUUAAAAACUUGACAGUUAACAUCGACCAAUUUUACCAAAGUAAUAAACUACUGAGUUAUUCGUCCCUAUAUGUAAGAACUCAUGCUGUCAUUGCUCUAUUUCACCAGAUAACAUUAAAGAAUAAAACCUCUGAAA